CCCCAAAUCCGUCCUUUUUCAACAUGGCUCCCAAAAAGAAGGCAACAGUAGAAAAGGGUGGCAAGAAAGAUGCUGCCAAAGUGAAGGAGUCCACAGCUCCAGCCAAGGCCAAGCAAAAGGCUCAGAAGGCAAAGAAGUCCCAGCUUAGAGGUGUGCAUGACAAGCGCAAUCGCAAGGUCCGCACGUCGGUACACUUCAGGAGACCAAAGACCCUCAAGCUGCCUAGGGAGCCUAAAUACCCCAGGAAAAGUGUGCCGAAGACUGCAACGUUAGACAAAUACAGAAUUGUCAAGUACCCAUUGACAACUGAGUCUGCAAUGAAGAAGAUUGAGGAUAACAACACCUUAGUCUUUGUUGUGGACAAAAGGGCCAACAAACCCCAGGUCAAACUGGCUGUGAAGAAACUUUAUGAUAUUGAUGUUGCAAAAGUCAACACUUUGAUCAGGCCUGAUGGUGAGAAGAAGGCAUAUGUACGACUAGCUCCCGACUAUGAUGCUUUGGAUGUUGCCAACAAAAUCGGAAUCAUCUAAACUGGGAGACUGUAUACAUUUGUUAUUUUAUUGUAAGAUAAAUAAACUCACCAAGACAGUAA